CUCUACUCGUGGGUGCGUGCUCCGGACGUGGUUUUACCUGGUUUUUUUGCGCGCGUCGAGGAGGAACGUCAAUUUUUGCUUUGUCCAUGCUGGCUGUGGCUGGACGGCGUUGAGACGGACGAUUUCUGCUCUGACGUUGCUUGUUGAGAGUUUGGCUUUUUAGUGGCUUAAGAGCUUGAGACUUGGUGGCGAUGGCUGCCGAGAAUGGUAGAAAGUCUAAGGAGGAGAAGAGGUUGGUGCGGAAGCUAGAUUUGUUCGUUCUUACGUACUGCUGCUUAAGCUAUUUUUUCAACUACCUUGACCGCGCCGCAUUCGCCAAUGCCUACGUUGCAGGUCUCAAAGAAGAUGUCGGCCUUCACGGCACUCAAUACAACAUCAUCCUAUCCAUGAUGACAGCCGGCUACGUCAUAGGCCAAAUCCCGCACGGCAUCGCACUCCAGAAGAUCCCGCCGCGCAUCUGGCUCACGUCAAUGGUGGCUCUCUGGUCCGCAUUCACGAUGUGCACGGCUGCGUGCCGGACGUACUCGCAGCUGUGCGCGGUCAGAUUCUUGCAGGGCCUUGUCGAGGCUAGCACCUAUUGCGGGACGAUGUAUAUUGUUGGGUCGUGGUAUAAGCCGCAGGAAAUCGCUAAACGGACUGCUAUCUUCACUGCGUCUGGCCAGGCGGGGAGUAUGUUUGCGGGAGUGAUGAUGACUACGAUUCAUAAGACCAUGGAUGGUUAUGCCGGCUUGCCAGGUUGGAAAUGGGUUUUUCUUGUUGAUGGAAUCAUCACCUUGCCUAUUGCCAUUGCAGGAUUCGUCUGCUUCCCAGACAUUCCUGAAAAUGCCAACACGGUGGUUUUGAAGGAGGCAGAGAUCCAGUUGGCGAUUAAACGCCUGCCGCCAAAGAAGGAGGAUGCCCAUAACAUCAAUCCGCUAUCUCUUCUGAAGCGAGUUCUCGGCUCCCCUUCAUUCUACAUCCUAGGCGCCUUCUCGCUCGUCACCAGCGCCCUCGAAGCCUACUGCGUGCAAGGGCUCUUCCUUCUCUGGCUCAAAUACCACAGCGCGCAAUACAGCAGCAGCGAAAACACGACCUACCCACUCGGGAUCCAAGGCGUCGCGAUCACGUCCAACCUCCUCGCCGCCAUCUACAUCGACCGUACCAACCGCCGGAUCCCAAUCGGGCUGCUCUCAUGCGCGCUGCAGCUCGUCUCCACCGUCCUCCUCCUCAUCCCCACCAUCCCCGCCGCAGCCACGUUUUUCGCGUUCUACCUCGCGGGCGCCAGCUACAUGAUCAACCCGCUGCUGUUUGGCUGGGCGAACGUAAUUCUGCGCAGAAGUGGCGACGAGGCGGCGAGGAGCGUCGUCCUGUUUUGGUGCGGCGCCGUCCAGUCCGCGCUUUAUACGUUCUGGGGCAUCGUGCUGUAUCCGGCGGAUGAGGCGCCGUAUUGGAGGAAAGGUGGGAUUGCGAUGGUCGUCGUGGUUGUGGUUAUGGCUGCUAUGCUGUGGGUCGUGGAUUGGCUUGAUAGACGAACCCUUGCGGAUCAGGCGGCGGUUGCCGAGGAGGCGCGUGUCGCGGACGUGGAGGUGGAUGCUGGGCAGGCGGAAAAACGAUAAGAGUCUGAGGCUUGCCUCCUUGCAUAAAACAUCUCUUAAUGGAUGCUCCAAGCCUUUCUUCGCAACCUAAAUCUGAGCAAUACACGCAUCUUUCGCCAGUGCCUU